GAAAAUCAAAUAAAUAUGUCGAGCAGAACCUCUCUGAAAAAAUCAUCUCGGAAUUAUUCAUCGAAUUUUUCCGUUGAAAGCCAGAGUCUUAAUGAUGAGAUGAUCAUGCUUUCUCUUCGCUUAGUGGCAUUGAAGAAGACAUAUAUAGAACGGCUAAAAAGCAUUGCUCUCAAAAGAGAGAAGCAACUAAUGCUUCAAGAGCAGCUUAAACGUAUCGAGGCAACGUUUGAACUACAAAGUGAAGAUCACCAAGAUAUUCUUACAGAUUUUGUGCGUCAAAUUAAGUCGGGAGAAACGGAGGCAAUACAAAAAUUAGUUCAAGUUGAUACACAAAUAUUGAGUAGUCAAGGCGCAAAGAAAAUUAUACAGAAACAAAUAGAAGAAUGCGAAGCAGAUUAUGAUGCAAGGAUUAGGAACAAAAAAAAUGAAUAUGCUGAGCUGUGCCAACGCAUUUCGGAAAUGGAGAAGGACAUAACCAAGAUUAUCAAUGGGGUGCAGCAAACCUCAACUUCACCGCAAUCCUGAAUGAACUCUUCUUUUUCCAGAUGGAGAUGUAUGCAUGUAUAUUAUUAACCGAAA